ACAACGUACUGCAGUACCCGCGGCAAGGAUCUUCUUCUUGAUGCCGGUCUUCUCUUCCAACUUCCCCAGGAAGUCUGUGACCACGUUCUUCUCGUUGAGGAAGUUCUCUGCUCGCUCUUUGAGCGAGGAGAGGAAGGUGAGCAGGCCCAUGUCCGCAAUCGCACCAGAGUGCAGGCUGCAGGCAAGAGGAAGACGAGUGCUGGGGCUCAGGAUUAAUCCUCCACGUCCACCUGCUGCCCGCAGGGGGAGGAGACCAGGCAGGAAAGGGCGCCGUCUUGUGGUACUAAGCCCCCCGGAUGUCUGGUGCCCAAUUUGGUGAUCCAAAGGAGCUCCGCCCUGUGGCGUUGGGCGAGGCUCCAUUUGGGAUCCGUCUCUACGACAGUCGCCCGGACGGAAGACCACCCAUGCAGGAGAAAAUGCUGAACCAGGCGGUGGGUUUUGGUGUGGAGGAGAGUGAUCCACCAAAGCAGAACACCUUCUUCGUCCCAUAGUCCGGGGCACCACGCUGAUUGGUCACAUCCGGGCCUUUACCUCAUCCCUCUGCCUGCACCCGUACCACAAAGACCUCAGAUAGGAGGUGCACACUCUUUAUGUUGUCCUCAGUGUUGGUUAUUUUUUUCAGUAACGAGUAAUCUAAUUACUUUGGAACUCUGUUGCCGUUACUGAGAAUGUGAAGUGGCUCGUUACUCCAGUUUGGUUGAAUGAAGUGCAAAGUGUCAGGUUUCGGCCACACAGAAAGAGAGAGAAGGGAUGGGGAUGAUGACGCCGUUGUAAAUGCGCUAAUGCUAAGGCUGGGUGGGCGGAUCAUGCCCUGCUCACGCUGUUUCACUGCACACUCUGACUGACACACAACAAGGCGGCGAUAAUAGACAGGCUGUAGCCAGGAAAAUGUAAAGAUAGCGUUCUAAAACUGGAAGAACCGGCACUACUUUUUGCUCAUUGAAAUGAAAGGCAAUGUUCAUGUUACAUGCACGCUAUGUCCAGGAAAGAAGUGUUUAUCCAUGUUGGCCUCGACCAAGUCAAAUCUUUUGAAGCACCUCACAUCUACACAUGCUGACAUGACACAUGACACACACACUCUGUUAAAACAAGCAACACUCGUUUUUUUGAGUCAGCAACAGGUGACCGAGGCCGACCUUUGUCACCACAUUUAUUGCCAGGUAUGUUGUUGAAAACAUGCUACCCUUGCCCACUGUGGAGUUUGAGUCAUUCAUCAUUGAUAAAAUACCAAUAUGAGGAGCAGGGCCGGCCCGUGGCAUAGGCCGUAUAGGCAAAUGCUAAGGGCGCUGUCCAUCAGGGGGCGCCACGCCAGUGCCACAAAUGUUGGAGGAAAAAAAAAAGAAAAAAAGUUGGUACUAUUAUUUCUAAAUACAAAAAAUAAUCCCACGUUAAUUAAAAUACAAAGUAAAGCCUAUUUAAUAGAAAUAUUAUUUGUCACAACAUUACGCCCCCCGCCCCCCCAUCCCCCCGCACGGUGCGCCCCCUCCCUUCCCGUAUCAUGACUCUUACCACAUCAAAAAAUCAACACAAGAUGUCAAAACGGCCAAAACUGUCAGGUGCCCAGGGAAGAAAAAAGAGAAAAGAAGAGAAGGAGAAACAAGAAAAAGACAGAGGUAGCAGGUAGCAGGUUGCUGUUUUAUUAAGGUUUCUCACCGUGUGAAGAACAUCUCUACGACCAUUCUUUACAUCAUACAGUUUAACAAUGAGGACAUUUAUAGAGGAAAACCUGACUACUUUAUUCAUGGCCUCAUUUAAUCAAGCAAAGAAUGAGUCAUGUGAUGGACGAAUCUGCUUGGAGGAACAAUUGUGAGCAUGUGGGCUGUGAGCAGGCCAAGAUGGCAUCCAUGAACCAGCUCGGUCGAUUUACUUUGCAUUGAACUUGAAUUCUUUAUGAUUACUGAGUGAGUCUCCUGAAACGCCAUUCUGGUAAAGUAAAUGACUUAAAUGUGCACACAUCUGUCUUUGAGAGGACAUUUUCAGGGAAGGAAGGUAGUGCACUGGACUUGGUAUACAAAAUGAGGAGCAGCAUUCAACUAAUCUGCUCCGACCAUAGAAGUGAAACAUGCCUGGUAUCAAACAUGGAGUGGACUUCACUGUGGGCCAUGUUUUCUUUCUUGGCAGUAUGGAGAGCAAACAUGAGCAAGAACUUAGUGGGAAAACGAAAGUGAUCGUCAAGCAGGAGAGUCCCGACGACUACAUGAGGCGUUUCCACAAUGAGCGGGUCCCAGUGUGAGCUACCUGCUCAGGUAGAAAAGUGGACCACAAAGGAUGUCGCCCGCUGGCUGACCUCUGAGGUCCAAGUUGAUCCAACUUUUGCAGACAAGUUUGAAAAAGAAGAUGUGUGUGGAGAAUUCCUACUGACCUUUGAGAAAAAAGAAAUAUUGGAGAUGGGAAUAAAACAUGGCCCUGCAGUCAAAAUUGCCAGGUACUUGGAAAGGUUGAAGAAGAAAGAAGAAACAUGUUCGGGAUCUGAGUCCCGAAUGCCCUGCCUUGUUGAGCGGUGGACCAAGGAGGAGGUGUACCAGUGGUUGGUGAAGAACAACAACCAAUUUGCAGAGCAGCUCCUGCAGGAAGACGUCUCCGGAGAUUGCCUGCUUUGCUUUGGGAAGAAGGACUUCAAGGACAUCGGCAUCAAAACCGGCCCAGCUGUGCAUAUUCUGAAAAAACUGAGCGAGCUCAAAGACCAAAUGGAGCCCAACAUGAUCUCAGACCAACAGAAAGUGGUCGUGGCUAAAACACACAAGAAAGCUGACUCUAAAAAAGUGAUCCAAAAUGCAAGACAGAACAUUUCAGAUCCCAGACCGAACUCACAGAUUAAGCUGUCUAAGAGCAAACAAGUCAAGGACCCAGUCCAGCAGGUGGCCCUCCACAGAUCGACUAUUCAGAACAUCUUGGAGGAACUUGCAAAAGAUGACUUCAAAAAAUUUCAGUACUUUUUGCAAGACAAAAAAAAUGAAAAAAAUGUACGGAUUCCUUGGGGCAAACUAGAGAACAAGGACACGAUGGACACCGCCAAGUUACUGAGCGACCACCACGGUGACCAGGCUUUAACAGUAACACGAGAUGUUCUGGUCGAAAUCAAUCAAUACGAUCUUGCUAGCAGACUGGAAAAUAUCAUGGUUCAGUUAGGUCAGCUGAAAUGCUGCUCUGAAGAGUCUGAGUUAAAGAGAGAAUUCAACCAGGGAGAGAAACUAAAAAAUCUGCUGACGUGUGGUGGGAACUCCCUGGAGAGCUAUGAGAGAUUUGUUGUGGUGGCAAACAAGAGCAGUCCGGAACAAGUCCAGCAUCUCCAGUUUCUAACCAAACUCCAACUGUUGUGCGUCUUGGACUUUGACCCAAACUCCAAUAGACCUCACGGACUGUGUCACACCUACAAAGAGACACGAGUAGCCAAUCUGCACUCCCCAUCUCAGUAUCAGGGCCCAAUGAAUUCUGUGGUGAGCAGCCUCAACCUCUACGAUCAGACCAGCUGGGUCUUUUGCAACGGCAGACACGACUUGGAAAGUGAUGCCAACAAGGAGCUGGACUACACGACGUGGUUGAAGAAAUCUUGCAAAGAUGUCGAGCAGUUGGUUGCAUUUAUUUGCAACCAACUUCUUUGUUAUGGAAGAGGUCUCAUAGUUUUCCUCUUACUGUCGCCUGUGGACACGGACAACGACCCGUUUUUUGAGACCUACAGAUCUUUCCUAAAACACACAGAGGAGCAAAGCAUCAUCACUAUUUGUGAGUCAGCCAGUUCCUACGCCAAAUGGAAGGAGCUCAUUGUUGAAAAGUUUCAUAUUGACAUUGACCCGAUCUCCGUCUAUGAGCUGACUCUCAGCCAGGUCAACGGGACAGUGAUGGGGCUGGGACCGUUUAGCCAGUCGCCUGCAAAGCUGCUACCAUCGUCCGACUCCAGCUCCGUUGUCCUGAAGCAGAAAGAUGAAGACUUAUUGACUGCUUUGGACAUUUUGAGUCUGAAUCAGUGUGAAAAUGUUUUUGAGGACGAAAGCGGUCCAAAGUUUCUAAAAUUUCGAAUGCAAGAGGAGGAGGAAUUCUACCGAGGAGGUAAAGUGAAAUGGUGGAACUUUUACUUCUGUGACAAGGAUAGUAAGAAGAUAUUUGUCAAGCGAGACAAGUACCGAAAUGUGAUGGACAUGAUUCGCUCUCAGCACAAGUACAGCAGAAACGCUUGCGUGCUGCUGAAUUUCUUCCACCAUCCAGGCUGUGGCGCUAGCACAUUAGCCAUGCACAUCUUGUGGGACCUUCGCAAUGACUUUCGAUGUGCGGUGCUAAAAGACACCCCGCUACCUAAGGAGGAAGUAGCCGAUCAGAUUAUACAUCUCAUGAAGCUGGAAAGUGGAACGCCUUCUCCUGUCUUGCUUUUGAUGGACGAUCUAAAGGAGACAGAUAGUCUUUACGACCUUGUUAACUGCAUCCGCAAAGCAGUGGAGGACUCGGCCAAUGUGAACGUGGACCACUCACUUAACUGCAAAGUUAUCAUCCUGAACUGUGUUCGCUCGCACAGCCCAAAAGAACAGUACAAGCGUGACAACUCCACACAAUGCCAGUACAUCACCGCUUCACUGUCGGCGCAGGAGAAGGAAGAGUUUGAAAAGAAACUUGAAGAACUCCAAGAAACCCAUGAAAAGCCAGAAAACUUUUACACCUUCAUGAUCAUGAAGAGCAAUUUUGACCAGAAGUACAUCAAAGAUCUAGCCCGCAAUACACUGAAAAACUUUGCCAUCGAUACAGACGACGCCAAACUCUUCGCCUUUUUGGCCUUGCUGAACACGUACGUCCCGGAAUCGGGAAUUGCAUUGUCGCUUUGUGAAGAUUUUUUUGGGGUGAAAAUGGCACGCCACCCGGAGGACUGUGUGUUGGACACAAUGAAGAUCUACUCAAACGUCCUCAUUGUUGACAGAGUGGAAGAGUGCGGAGGCUACAAAACGCUUCGGAUCCUCCAUCAUACCAUAGCAGACGCCUGCUUGGAAGAGUUGGAGGGGGGCUACUCCUUGAUGGCCAGUGAUAUCACCUUGCAGAUGCUUCAUUAUGAUCUGUUUUUCAGCAAAGGCGUGGUCAAGGACAGACUAAUGGCGUCCAUUGAGCGAAUGUUGAUUAGAAGACGACGCAAAAAGGACAGUGAUGACAGAGAGCCAUUUUCUCCCCUCAUAGACAAAAUCCACCAGCAGCAGGGCGGGCAAACUGUGCAGGAGAUAUUUGUAAAAGCGUCCUCCAGAUAUAGUGAAAGAGCGUCUAUUCCACAGGCUCUGGCACGGUAUCUGUACAUCAACGAGCGAGACUUCCCUGAGGCGUUGAAGUGGGCCGAGAAAGCCAAGAACAUUGCGGCAAACCCGUACAUAGUAGACACGAUUGGACAAGUGUACAAAAGUAACCUGAGAUCAAAUAUGGACAAAGAAAAACAAGAAACGUCUCACAAUCCAGAGGACUUGCACACCAAUAUUUGCUUAGCCAUCAAUGGAAUUAGAGCUUUUCAACGCGCCCAAGAGCAAUCAGACAGAGAUGAUAAUUUUCAAGUGGAGAAGCCCGAUGACGAGUCAGAUGACUUCCCCCGAAAAUCAUACAAUAUUUUUGGCCAUGUGGGAGUACUUGAAAUGUCUUUUCUUGUCUUUGAGAUAUUGGCUAAGCUUCCUUUUUUCGAAGAACGUCACCCAAUGAAGAAGAAGUACUUGCAGAGUUUCCUGAACGGCUCCAUUCCGAUAAGUAGCGUUCACAAAGACGAUAACCAGGUCAAUAACAGAUAUGCAGAGAUCAUCAAGGAUCACGAGCAGUUCCUGGUCCACCUGAAACCUGAAGUAAAAAAGAAGUUUGACUUCCUCAACUGUUACUUCACCUACACCAAAGGAAACUCAGAGUUUGACAAAGUCAACAACAAGACAGUAUGUGACCACUUUAAAAAGUAUGUGAAUCUUUUCUGCACGGAGCCAAAGGAGCUGAAAAAAGUGAAAGACGACAAUCCCAAAUUGAACCUUGAAUUGUUAAUUGAAGAACGCAAAAAGUAUCUGGAGAAGACCCAAGCGGACACCUUCUCUGGAAUUCUUCAAUACUUGGACAGGUCUGCUGAAGAAAUGGAGAAAAUCGUGAAUUGUUACCUUUUUUUGCAACAGACAGUCAAACAAAAACAAAACAUUCAAAUGAAAAUUAAUUACAUUUUGGCAAAUGUGGUUCUUUACCUCCUCAAUCCAAAGUCUAAGCAUUUGCAGAGCUACCAGAAGCUGUGUGAUCUGCUUUUGGAGGCUCUGCAGGCUGUUGGACACCAUCACACCUGUCCAGACCCGUACUACCUGGCCCUCCUCAUGUUCUGGCCCACGCGGUCAGAGGAAAACUCAGAAAUCCGAACAUACGUCAGUGCCAUCCGCUCAUCGUCCCGCAAGCACAUGUCUAAAUUGUUCUACAAGAGAAGCACAGUUGCUCACCUGUACUUGGGAAGAGAGAAUGGACUAAAGAGACUCGUGUCAAAACCCAGUCUGGAUAAGAAUUUCCUUACCAAGAUGAAACGUGACUUUCUGGCGCAACUCUGGUGGAACGGAGACAUCUUUAAGGAGAAAGACAUUAGCAGCCGCCUGGUCCGAGUUGGCGGUACUAUUGAGCAGGGAGUAGUCUUUGCCACCUACAGUAGACUGAAGAUUCCUGUGCACCCUGCUCGCUGGAGCGGAAUUAGAAGCGGUUGCAGCACAGAGAAGAUAUCUUUUUAUCUGGGAUUUGCUAUCAAUGGGCCGCUGGCGUAUGAUAUUCAGUAUGAAAACUAGGUCAGAUGGUCUGUAUGUAAAUAUUCACUUUCUGUCUGAUGUCUUCCUUAGGCACAAAUAUACUGUUUAACAAAUAAAGGUGACAUUGAUUUUUCCAAAGGAUUGUCACACUUUUCUUCUUUUUUUUACUGAACUAACUGACAGGCAGUGACUCUGUUAUAUUCCUGAAAAUGUAUCCUACAUGGACCCAAUUAGGUCCCACCUUAAAA